AUGUCCCUCAUUGACGCCGCAUGUAAAGCAGAGUCGGAAGCAUGCAGUCAUAUUCCGAUAAUUGAUCUACAGAAUAUCCCCGGAGUCGGCCAGGAUCCAUCCCUGAGGCGUAGCCUGAGCGAAACGAUAAGAGAUGCUUGCAUGAAUGUAGGCUUCUUCUACGUGUCCAACCAUGGCAUCCCUAGCCCUAAUAUUCAUGAGGCUUAUUCUGCCGCCAAAGACUAUUUCUCUCUUCCACUUGAAGAGAAAAUGGAACUGGAUCUUCGUCAGACCCCGAAUUUCAAAGGAUACAAUCCUGUCCGGAGCAGCAACAAUGACCCCGAUAAUGACGGCGACAUGCAUGAAGGCUUUGAGUUUAGCUGGGAAGAUCUGAAUAGAUCAGAAAGCGUCGAGGAACGAACUCAAGAUGGGGCAAUGGCCGGUGCCAAUGUCUGGCCGAAACACCCGCCUGGUUUCCGUGAAGCUGCCCUAACAUACUACCAUGCAGCUGUAGAGCUCGGUAGAAAGCUGUUCCCAUUGUUUGCACUCGCCUUGGAAUUGCCGGAAGACUACUUUGACGACAAGACGAAAAGUUCGGCUGCCAUCAUGCGUAUUCUACAUUACCCCCCGCAAACAGGGCCUGUGGACGACCGGUGUUUCACAAUACUGUGGCAAGAGCCAGGCAUACAAGCGCUGCAAGUUCUCACCAGGCAAGGUCAAUGGAUAGAUGCGCCUCCGAUCCCUGGCACUCUUGUUAUCAACCUGGGCGACCAGUUCGCACGAUGGACGAACGACGUUUUCAAAUCCACUGUGCACCGAGCUAUCAACCGCAGCGGAGUCCGUCGGUAUUCCAUCCCGCUCUUCUUCGGCACUGACUAUGAUGUAAAACUGGAGCCCAUCCCGAGCUGCGUUUCAGCAGAUCGACCGCAGAAGUAUGAGGUUGUCACCGCAGGGGACUAUGUGAAGAGCAGAUUGGUAGCGGCAUAUGGGCACUAA